AUGAACAGCGGGGCUGACUCUGUUGAAGCGAGAAUACGGAAAAUUGGGCAGUACGUCAAUGUAGAUAGGGUUGUGGACCUAUGGAACAGUGUAGAUAGGGACAAGGAUCGGUUUCAGAUACAAGGGGUUAUCAUUAAAUCUUGGAGUGGGAGGCCCAAGACCCUUCACAACGGCUUGACAUACUUUACUAUUGGCUGCGAAGUUGAUAUUUCCGGCGUCAUAUUGUUAAUUAUGGCACCAAUCCCCUACGGAUAUCCAAGUGAGCAGCCAAGGCCUUACAUGACGACUAAGCUUUGGUACAAUAUCACCAGUCCCUUCUUUGAUGUCAGACGCGAAAAGGACCGGCCCACGUACAGGAUCACUUACAAGAGGUCGUUCUCUGCUCAAAGCUUUCUUAGUAACAUGCGGAUGCUGCUUAGUGACCUGAAGGAUGCUCCCACCCUAGGAUAUACGUCGUCCUACUAUGCUCUCAAAGACUCUAUAGACAAUGCCGAAAAAAUCAUCAAGAAUCCAGUUCAACUGAAGCGCCUAUCCAGAAUAGAUACAAUCUUCAAGGCCUGCAAUGACAGGAACCAAAUAGCUAAGCAAGUCCACACGCCGUUCAAUCCAGAAACUAUGUUGAGGUCUACUAUAGACUCUAAGGGCUCCUCAAUUCUUGAAUGUUAUGCAAUAAAGAACGCACUUAGCACAUUAUUCAAAGCCGCUAACACGCGUGAUGGACCCGUCUUUUCGGAGGACGAUCUUGUUGAGUUGUUAGCGCUAUAUAAAGAAUUGAUAGGUCAAUAUCUACGGAACUACGAAGUAUCCGCAUGA